CGACCGAGCGAUGGGCCUGCUUCGUGCUUCUGCAGCACCACUGACAGGAGCGGCGCUGGCCGGCUUGCUGCUCUACACGUGUCGCGAGUCGCUUUCGCAAAGGACUCACGAGCUGACGUCAAGCCUUCACCUCUCAUCGCGGAGCCUUCGCCGACUGGCCGAAGUGGACGAUGACGCUCUUCGAAAGUCACCAUUUGGCAAGCAGAUCCAGCAGGAUCUACAAGAAAGCGAAGAGGAGUUGCUGGCAAGAAUCAGGAGCGCGUAUCACGCACCAUCGAAGCCCUCGCUGGUCGAAGAGGUCAAGUCGCGGUGGAAUGAGCAUCUUCUUGCUCUGACCAAGACAAUGUCCGAAACGGACCUGGACAUGGUCAUUGAAGGAACCUCGUCGACUUUCCGUUCCCUCUAUGCCCGGCUCACCGGUGCCCCUCUUCCUGUGACGUCGACUGCGUCGUCAAUUCGGGAUCGACUCACAGGAAUCACCCACACUGCCGUUGCAGCUUCUUCCUCAGAGCCCCCUGCCACGCUACGCGACCCUAUUGCUCCCCACUACGAUUCCCGGCUCGACGCCAGUAACACUUAUUACCUGGGGCAGGGGGUCAGUCUGCGGUGAUUGUCGCU